AUGCAUUUCGGUUUGAAGAACGCAAGAGCAACAUACCAAAGUGCUAUGCAAAACAUCUUUGAUAACAUUCUUGACAAAAAUGUUGAAUGUUAUGUUGAUGAUUUAGUAGUGAAAUCAAGAAAAAAGUGUGAUCACUUGCAAGACUUGAGGAUGGUGUUUGAUCUACUACGAAGGUAUCAACUUAGAAUGAAUCAUUUGAAAUGUGCGUUUGGAGUUACCUCUGGAAAAUUCCUUGGCUUCAUUGUACAACAUCGAGGAAUAGAAAUUGAUCAAGUAAAAUUAGAUGCAAUUCUGAAGAUGGUAAAGCCAAGAAAUAUUCAUGAAUUGAAGAGUCUACAUGGGAAGCUAACAUAUCUUAGGAGAUUCAUCUCGAAUCUAGCAGGAAAGUGCCAACCAUUCAGCCGCCUUAUGAAAAAGGGCACUCUUUUUGAAUGGGACCAAGCUUGUAGUAAUGCCUUUGAGAGCAUCAAGUCUUACUUGACAAAACCACCAGUUUUAGCAGCUCCUGUUCCUGGAAAGCCAUUGAUACUUUACAUAUCAGCUCAAGAAAGAUCAGUGGGAGCACUUUUAGACCAAGAGAAUGACAAAGGGAAAGAAAAUUCCCUUUACUACUUAAGUAGGAGGAUGACACCAAAUGAGUUGAAGUACUCGCUAAUCGAAAAACUAUGUUUGGCCUUAGUCUUCUUAAUUCAGAAGAUGAAACACUACUUUCAAGCUCACGUCGUCCGUCUUAUUUCUAAAGCCAACCCCAUCAAAUUUGCUGUAAAAGGGCAAGCAUUGGCAGACUUCUUAGCAGACCACCCGAUACAUGAUGAUUGGGAACUCACUGAUGAAUUACCUGAUGAGGAUGCAAUGGUUGUUGAAGUUCAACCGCCUUGGAAGAUGUAUUUUGAUGGGGCCUCACAUCGUGAAGGAGCUGGCGCUGGGCAAAUCACUAUCUGCCAAAAAUGGAUAGUACCACUGGAUGUGGAUGAAGAAAGCAAAUUUGAACAUCUUGUAGCUGUCUCACAGGCUGAGAUAGUCGAUUGGAGACAUGCUCUGAUUGAUUACUUGUGUUACAAUAUACUUCCAGAAGAUCCAAAGAAAAGGACUGAAAUUCGUCGUCGUGCUCCUAGGUUUCUUUACUACAAAGAUACUCUAUAUCGAAGAUCAUUCGAGGGAAUCCUCUUGCGUUGUUUGGGGGAAGAAGAAGCGAUUCAAACUAUGCAAGAAGCACAUUCUGGAGUUUGUGGAUCACAUCAAUCUGGGCCCAAGUUACACUUUCAUAUAAAAAGAAUGGGGUAUUGUUGGCCAACAAUGGUAAAAGAUUGCUUGGAUUAUGCUCGAAGAUGUCAAGCAUGCCAAUUUCAUGCAAACUUUAUGCACCAACCUCCUGAUGUAUUACAUCUGACUGUUGCAUCUUGGCCAUUUAAUGCUUGGGGGCUAGAUGUGGUUGGACCACUACCUAAAUCUUUUGGUGGUCACUUGUACAUCUUGGCUAUGACAGAUUACUUCUCAAAAUGGGCUGAGGCUGUAGCCCUCAAAGAAGUAAAGAAGGAAAAUGUUGCAAACUUCAUCAGGGUGAACAUCAUCGUAAUGGAAAGCCAUUCACCAAUAAAUUGA